CACUAUUAAACCUAGUGCUCAGGGAAACAGAGGCAGAGAGCGCUUCACCGAGUAGAUCGGCCUAAGAAGGAGAAUGAUGAAGCAGGUGUUGCUCGGGAUUUUUGGUGGAGCUGCCAUAAUGACAGUGGGUAUCCUCAUCGGUCACUACGGCAUCGCAAAGAGCGGCUCUGCACCAUCCUGGGUGAACGAUGUGGCCAAGGAUGUGGAUGAGAGCAUGGUGCAGCAGUUCCUGUCUGAGGUGGAUACCACCGAGAUUCAAGGAAACCUACAGGAGCUGACAAAAGUCCCCCACAUGGCAACCUCGGCUGGAGACGAGCAGACGGUGAAGUUUAUGCUGCAGAGAUGGCAGGACUCUGAAACUGGUCUGGAUGCGGCUUGGAGAGAGGAAUAUGCAGUCUAUCUUUCCUUCCCAGACCCAAAGAAUCCCAAUAAGGUCACUGUAGUGAACCCCUCGGACACGGUGCUACACACCAUCAGACAAACGGAGAAGCCUUACACUGACGACCAAAGACAUCCUGAUGUGGUUCAGCCGUACGCUGCCUACUCUCCUGCAGGACAUGCAAAGGGGAAACUGGUUUACGCCAACCAGGGGAAAACAACGGACUACGCAGAGCUGAACAAGACAAUGGACCUCAGAGGAACCAUCGCCAUCACCAAGUAUGGUGGAGCAGGAAGAGGAGAUAAAGCCAUCAAUGCAGAGCCAUACGGCGUCGUCGGCGUGCUGGUGUACACCGAUCCUCUGGACAUGAACGAUGGUCUCAUGUCAGACGCCACAGAGACGUAUCCUCACUCCUGGUACCUGCCGCCCUCCGGCGUGGAGAGAGGUUCUUAUACCAGGGACUAUGGAGACUUGCUCACACCUUACCUGGCUGCCAAAGCUGACACCUACAGAAUUCCAGAGAGUGAUAUCAAAGGGUUACCUCCGAUUCCCAUUCAGCCGAUUGGAUUUGAGGACGCAUACGUAUUGAUCUGUGCGUUGGGUGGCGCAGCGGCCCCACAGGAAUGGCAGGGAGGAUUCAACUGUACCUACAACUUUGGUGCUCCAGGGUUCGACACAACAUCCACUUUCAACAACAGUGAUGUAGAAAUGAACAUCUACAACAAUGCAACUGUGAAAAACUCCUCCAAUGUGAUGGGAGUGAUCAGAGGGAGUGUUGAGCCAGACAGGUAUGUGAUCUACGGGAACCACCGGGACAGCUGGGUUCACGGUGCCAUCGACCCGAGUAGCGGAACGUCGGUCAUGCUGGAAAUAACCAGGGUGCUGGGCAGGAUGGUCAAGCAGGGUAAAUGGAGACCUCGUAGGUCCAUCAUCUUUGGAAGCUGGGGAGCUGAGGAGUUUGGCCUUAUUGGGUCUGCAGAAUACACAGAGGAAUAUUUUACUAUGCUCAGUGAACGCACCAUUGCCUACAUAAACGUGGACAUUGCUGUCUUUGCCAACGCCACCCUCCGGGCCUCAGGGAUGCCGUCGGUGCAGAACGUCAUCUUCCAAGCCACAAAACAGGUGGAUGCGCCCGGCCUCGACUCCACAUCUGUGUACGACAACUGGAAGCGUUUUACCAACAGGACAAGCCCGGCCCACGGACUCAUUCCCAGGUUGGGAUAUCUAACAGGAGCAGGGAGUGAUUAUGCUGCCUUCGUCCACCACCUGGGAAUCGCCUCCAUGGAUAUUUCAUACACAUAUGACAGGAGUAAAACAAAUGCUCGGAUUUAUCCCGCCUACCACACAGCAUACGACACCUACGACUACGCCUCAAAGUUCAUCGAUCCUGGAUUUUUCAGUCACCAAGCGGUGGCCAGGACAGCAGGAAAUGUCCUGAUCCGCCUGGCUGACAGUCUGGUGCUGCCGUUGAGCUGCAGGGACUACGCUGAGAGUCUGGAGCAGUACCUGGACACGGCAGUGGGUCUUUAUGAGACAAAACUGCAGGCUAAAGGAAUCUCCAUCGAACCACUAAAACGUGCAGUGGCCAACUUUCGCAGCGCAGCCGACCGUCUGGACGAGGUGAUUCAGAGCUCAGACCUGGCGAAUGAAACGCCAUUGAAGGUGCGAAGGAUCAACGACCAGCUCAUGCUGCUUGACCGGGCGUUCUUGAAUCCUCUGGCCUUCCCGGAUAAAUAUGCAUUUCGGCAUGUCAUCUGGGCUUCCAGUAGUGCUGGAAAGGCAACGUUCCCAGGUCUAGCAGACGCCUUUGCCAAGGCCGAGCUAUCAGGACUGCCCAGCGACUGGGCAAGAGUCCACUACCACCUGUCGGUGGUGAGCCAAGCCAUCGACGGCGCCGCCAGCACGCUGACUGAUGUCAUAUAAGCACCGCCUGGGAGCAAGAGCUGCACAAACGCAGCCCUUUAAUCAGGACACAGGGACCUUGACAUCGCCGGACAUCCAAUGAUGAAACUAUUUAAGAGAUUAGAUCAGGAAGGUUGAUGUUUCAAUGUCAUCUCUUCCUUUUUGAUUGUGGUUUAGAUCACCUUUCUUUUAAACUUGUUGGAUUUGAUGAAAUGUUUUCCUCAGUGUUGUUUUGUUUUUCCCUGUUGCACAUGAAGGUGCAUUCUUUUGGAAAAAUUCACCACGUGGCUUUAUUUCUUCAAAAUGCAUUCUGAGGGCAGCUUUCUCUCUUUUUAUUAUGUUAAUUUAGGAUAAGAGGACACACUUCAGCGAUCCCUGGUGUUUGGAAGAUCCUAAAUUAGGAAAUCUAGGGUCAUUGGGGUUCAACGGAAACCCUGCAACUGCUUUUUCAUGCAUCAUGGGCACGGGUUUAUUCAUAUCAGUGAAGUCAAAAUGUAAAAAUAUCUUGUAGUUAUACUGUCUGCAGCUAAAUAAAAGUCAGAGUGAAUAUCCUUA